AUGGAUCGUUCUAUGUUCAGCAGUACAGAGUUACGGUUGGCAAGAGAACGACGCCUAAAAUUUCAAGGCACAGCAAAGAUCAAUAUCAGCCAAAUAUCUCUAUCUUCCGAGUACAAACAGGACAAUGUGGAGAGGCUGCGCCGCAUCUUUGAGAGUGAAGAUUGCGACCGGUUAUCAUUGCCAAACCAUGUCGUUGCGACCAUCUCGAGGGAACACCUCAUGAGCGCCCUGAGUGGCAACCAGGUAAACGCAAACUCUUUGAUGAGUCAGCCGUCUGAUAGCUACGUUCACCUGGAGUUCCCUAUUGGGCAGGUAGUGUGCCUCCAUGGACAGCACCGCUUGAGAGCAGGGAGGGAGUUCUUGGCACCCUAUGACCGGUGGUGGACGGUCGAUCUAUAUUUAGACAACAUCAGUCGGGAGCUUGAGACGGAAUUAGCGGAUGAAUAUGCUAAUGAAGCGACACCGACCGAUGGCGAAGUGUAUCGCAGAGUCCGUCAGUAUCAGUAUGAAGCCAGUGCUCGCUUCGAAGAGCGAUGGUUGUCUCGGCUGACGGAAAAUAAACAAAAGCGGAUGCGACAACUGUCACAGCCGGAAAAUAGUUCGAUCCGCUCAGCUUUUGACUCGUUGCUGCCAAUUCCAGGUCUCUGGAAGGCGAUGAGUAUUGGCAACCUUCCUCGGGUGAUUGCAGUGAAGUGUGAUGAGGAAAUCAUCCACUACCUCCGCUUUAUUAAGAACUACUGGUCAUCGCUAGUCGAUCAUGACCGAUCCCAAAUGGAGAAGAUUGAUUGCAUGACCGUGGAGAAGCUCCAGCUUCUGGUGCCAGGAGGGUUGGACCGGACCAAAGCCAAAGGCCUCGUACUCAGUGGUGAAGCAUUUCCGAAAUUUAACCAGUCGGAACGCAAGUCUAUCUGGAGAAUUUUGCGUCAUCGCGGUGAGAUUGUUCCGUCACUUCACACGUUUUUCAAGGACCUUUCUUACCUCGAGGUCACUGCGAGCUGCCUAGGACGAUUAGUGGACCUCGCCGCCCUGCGUAAGCGCACCAUCCGAUCCGCCAUGAAGCAGAUCUACAACCCUGCGAGACAUGGUCAUGGUCGCUACCAAAUGCAAGUGUCCGAGACAGAAUUCCGACCAUGUUCAGGGACGGUGGAAGAAGGCAGAGAGAGUGGAUAUCGACAACUCUGGCUCUUUGCCUUUCGACACUAUCUCCAGAUGCCGAAAGCUCGUCAAAAAAAGAAGCGACAUGCCAAAACCAAGUUCCGAGAAGCCAACGAUGGAGUCGUGUACCGAAUGGCAUCACUGGCCCUGCAACUAGGCUUCGACUCACCGCAGAUCCAACGUCUCAUGGACGACUCGCCAGAUCGCCGGCUUGCGCUGGAAGCGCUUCUGAAAGCGCGCGACCGUGAUCAUUAUCGAUACGAUUCUAUCGAUACGCUGGUCAAUCAGAUCGUGGCAUGUUUUAACGAGGCCGUUCCUAUCGAGAUUCAGGACCGUCGUGCAUCAGCUCCUUUUUCCACCAUCCCCAGACAGAGUCGAUGCGGGAAACCCAGCCUCGACUCUCACGAACAAGAGAAAAACUUUCUCUUCCUUGAUCAGAUAGAGAGCCAACCACCGGAUGAGGCCGUUUCCGCACUCUUUGUGAGAAGAUGUGUAUAUUUCGCUCUCUUUGGUCGACCAUCUGAGCCUCCACCAACCCCCAUUGACGAAGACGAUUCAACGCGCCAUAGCUCCCCUCAUUCGCCUCCGUCGCCGCUGUUCGUCCCCGAAGAACACAAUCCCUUGGCUGACCACCAGAUGACGGGGAUCGCGGGUCAUGUGAUCGACAGACCUGACACGCAGCAUCGGAAUAGUAGACGUGAGGAGCGGCGAGAACGGCGACAGCGACGGCGGCAAGAGCGGGAGACUCGGCGACGGCAGAAGCAGGAACGGAGGCGGCAGAGAGAGUCUCGCCGUCAACAACGAAUGUCCAAUGGUGGACAUGAAGGCGGACCGGCUGCGAGACCCCAUUCUGUAGACCAAAGCCACGCGGAAUCAAGUCGGGCGGCUUCCGGAAAUAUCACUGAAGUGGAAAUCGACGCUAGGAAUGAACAUGAAUCUACACCGCCGGAAGACACUAUAACAGAGGAACUUAGAGGUAACGCACUCACCGCUGACCGUACGCCACUUGAUCCAUUGAUAGCGGAACCGAUUGAAACCGAAGCCGCGUCUGGGAAAGACCCUCACGGGGCGGACACUCUUGAUGAUAUAAUGGUGCCAGAGAUCGUUAUCGAUGAUACCGAGGACAACUCUAGGCUGCACGGCUCCACAGAAGCGAAUACACCAGGAGAGAUAGACGAAAAUGAGUCUCUAACUCGACACGAACCUGACCACCUUGGAGAACCGCCGUCAGGUCGUCUGAUAGAGGAUCGUCAAGCCGUUCUCAGUGCCUUAAAACAGCAUAGGGCUGGUCGACGACGAUCCCGACCCUUAGGACUCAAGCGGACGGUCAUAUCCAGACGACAGGCUGCAGCACAGACCCGUCUCGGCGGGAAGAACCAUCGUCUGACGCAAGUAGAUAUAAAACAGGGGCAUAAGUUCACCUCCCAUGCGGAUCUCCCAGUCCAGAGCCCACUUGAAGAAGCUGUGGCGGAAGAGAGGGCGCAAACGCUUGCGCAGUUAGAAGAGAUUCCAGCUAUCUCAGAAUCGGCCGUUGCAGAUCCUGCCAAUCCUUCUCCAAUCCAACCUCUAGCUUCUAUGCCAGAAUUUAUUGCUCGAUUGCGCGAGUCCGAAAGCCCAGCGGAGGGGAAUCGUGAGUACGGAAUUGAGGAUCAUCCGCCUGCGAAUCCUCAUGAGGACCAGCGGCAGGAUCGUAGUGAUGAGCGGAGCCCGGAAGCCGCAAGACCAGAACUACUGACUGAAGACAGAGAAUCCCGUCGGAAAGUCCCCGAAGCACGACGUCGACAGGAAGCCAAGCAGCGGGUAGAAAAUGCUUCCCGGGCGGCUGAAGAGUCCGAGAAUGACUUUACCCAGACUCGAAGCGGGGAUGAUCUCUUCAAUAAUGAUGACGAAGAUGGCUCACUCGCCGCGCCAGAGAACGGUCAUUCUGCUGCUCGUGAGGAACGUCCAAAGACUCCCUCAACACUCCAACCCCCUAAGGCUGAGCCGAAAAAGUUUGCUCGACAGGCCCGUCAGGGUCCGUACCGACGCCCAAUUGGGAGAGGCCAAGAUGGUCAAAACCGGCCACUUACACAAAUCAACAUGCAAGUGGCGGCUCCAGAUCAUAUCACUAUUCCCCCAGAAGAAGAUCGGCCAUUGCCGGCCAUUCCUCCGAUCGAGCAGACGCCGAUCGCGGAAGCUCCAAACACCCUUCCGGCUCCCCAGUCCAAUGACCGUAGUGUCGACCGCAGGAGGAAAGCAGCUGACCGGAUUCGACAACAGCGACCACCCGCUGUCGCGAGUCCUCACGAGCCGUCCCAGGACCCGGUCAUCUUCUGGACUUGGACGGGGACUCGGUGGAAGGAGGAGACAAGAGUUGUCGCUGAUCAAUCUGACCAGCUUCGCGUUGAGCGCGAAGCCAAGCGCUUUGUGGAAGCUCAUCACGCGCAGCUACGAGACGCGCGUAUGCGCAUACUUAUGCCUUCACAAUGCCUUCCGUCGGCUCGACAGGAUGGGAGCCAUUCCGUGUUUCUGAUCUUUGAGAAUCAGACCAUUACGGAAGCUAUGGAAAAGGCAGCUAUGGAAAAGGCUACAGCGUUGUUCAUGCACUCCAGACACCACCGCCCUUAA